CUUCAUCUUUUGCUUGGUCUAUUGUGCUCAAGUGAAAGUUUAUCAGAGAUGAAAAUAUUCAGUGGAUGGCAACGUUUUGUUUUUGGUCUUCCCUUGUUCUUCCUCUUUGCUCAUCUGGUUUUUGGUUGUCAUGCAAUUACACAAAAACUCAAAAAUGGAAGAACGGCACAAACAACUAAACAAGAAAUUUGAUCAUCUAGUUCUUGGGCAUAUGGCUGGACAAGGCUUGUCAAAUCGUUUGCAAUGCCAAGAAUGGAAAAAGUCGAAAUUAUCUAUCGUGCUGAUUAAGAAUGUUCAAUGUUGAGAGUAAGAAGCGAGCUGCCAAAGUAGGUCAAAACAUAUGAGUCAACUUGGCCCACCAAGAGUGUAGGCCGACCGGGAUGGACAAUAAAAAAAUCAAGCUUUCGUAGUACUUGAAUAUAUGAGAUGAAGAAAAACAGUGUAUAUUUCACUUACCUUUUUACACUUUUACUUAUGUAUUUAUAGGAUACAAGGAAGGGGCAAGGAACUUGCCUAAAACCCUAACCUUAAAGUUGGGUUCUCAUACAUAAAAAUAAUAAAUAAAAAACAUUACAUUUCAACACUCCUCUACAAGAUGGAACAUGUGGAUUAUAUGCACAAAGCUUGGAACAGAUAAAUUGAAUUUUAGGCUCCUUUAGAAAUUUAGUCAAAAUAUUUGCAAGUUGUUUGUUAGAGCUGAUAAACUCAGUAAUAUGAUCCUUCUUUCUAACAAAAUGAUAGUCAAUUUCUAUAUAUUUUGUUUUUUCAUGAAACACCGGAUUAGAGGCAAUAUGAAGAGCUGUUUGGUUGUCGCAAUACAACUUCAUCUACUCAUUUUCACAAAAAAUCAACUCUUGAAAGAGUUGUUUAAUCCACACAAGUUCACAUGUAGCUAGGACCAUAGAUUGAUAUUCAACUAUACUACAUCGAGCAACAACACUUUGUUUUUUACUUUUUCAAGAUACAAGGUUCCAAGGAAUAAACAUUUCUUGUGGUAGAUCUUCUGUCAAUUGGACAACCAGCCCAAUUUGCAUCACUAUAUCCUAUAACUUGAGUGCUUCCCUUUAUAAAAUAAUCCUUGUCUUGGGCUCCCUUUUACAUAUUUGAAAAUGCAAAUCACAUCAUUCUAGUGACCAAUGUGCAGAUUUUGCAUAAAUUGAUUAAACUCCUAUUGGAUAUGAAAGUUCAGGUCUUGUUAUAGUAAGAUUAUGAAUUUUCCAACCAACCUUCUAUAUCUUCAUGGGACUGAGAAAAGUUCACCUUUGGUCUCAUUAACUUUUGAUUUGAGUCUAUAGGACUAUGAAUGGUAUUGCAAUUUGUCAGGCUCGUCUCCUUCCAAAUAUUAAGAGAAUAUUUUCUUUGUGAAAUGAUGACACCUUUUGAUUGUGCCACUUUGAUACCAAGAAAAUAUUUUAGAUGACCCAUAUCUUUGGUCUGAAAGUGGUUGAAUAAAUGCUUCUUUAAUGAAGCAAUUCUAGUGAAAUCAUUUACACACUUGUAAAGAGAAGUAUGACGAUAAAAAAAAAGAAUCAUCUAGCUUAAUCCGUUUCAAUCCAAAAAUCUAAACAACACGACUCAAUUUACCAAACCAAGCUUUAAGUGAUUGCUUCAAGCCAUAGAGUGAAUGAUGUAGUUUACAAAGCAACUCAGACUCCUUUGAGCAACAAACCUAGGAGGUUGCUCUAUAUAUAUCUCCUCUUCUAGAUCAUCAUGAAGAAAGACAUUUUUAAUAUCCAACUAGUAAAGAGGCCAUUGGUGAAUUGCAUUUGUAGCAAGGAAAAGAUGAACAAUUUGAUUUUAGCCACAUGAGAAAAAGUAUCACAGGAGUUGAGGCCAUAAACCGAAGUGUAUCCCUUAAUGACUAGAUGAGCUUUGAGACUAUCUACAUCACUGGUAGCAUUGACCUUACUAGCAUAGACCCAUUUACAACCCACAAACUUCUUACCAAUAGGAGGAUGCAUAAGUUCCAAAGUACUAUUGUGUUCAAUUGCAUGCAUUUCAUCAAUCACGGCUUGUUGUCAUCUAGGAUGAUCAAGUGCUGCAUGAACAUUGUUAGGAACAAUAAUGGUAGACAAGGAGGAAAUAAAAGAAUUAUGAAGGAGACCUACGAUGGCAAGAAAAAGAUUAUAAACAGGAUAUGGAUUACGAGUAGAUCAAAUAUCUUUCUAAAGAGCAAUAAGCCAAGCAUGAUCAAAGUCAAGAGAAGGCAAGGAGGAUCUGAGUCACGAGGUUCUUCAGGCAAGGAUGGAGUUAUUUGUGUUUGACUUUGAUAUGUGAGAAGAGGUGGUGGAACAAUGUGAUCUGGAUUUCAAGUUUGAGUUUGAGAAAUGUCAUCUAUAUUUUGAGUUUGAGGUAUGAGAAGUAAGAGUAAUCAAUGGAUCACAAGAUGGUAGAGGAAGGACCUGUUGAAUAGAUGAACAAUGUUCCAUGGAGAACAAGAAAAAAGGUGUAUCCUCAAAGAAUGUGAUAUCAACAAACAUAUAAUACCUUUUGGUUGGGGAAGAAUAACAUUUAUACCCUUUCUAAAGACCAAAAACACACACUUAAUAGCCUUUGCAGAAAGCUUGUCAAGACUUGAAAAGACAUUUUGAACAAAACAAUUUAAAUUUAUGAAGGAGAUAAAGAAACUUUGCCAAUUCCUUGAGAUGCCACUUUGGAUCCAUUGGCAGCAAUAAAAAAACGAGAAUUUUUUGGAGAGGAAAUGGAGAAUGAAGAAAUGUUACAAGUCAUGGUUUGAGGCAUCUGAAUCAAAAAUCCGUGGACUAUGACCUUCCACAAAUUGAUAGAUGCAUGUCGUUGACACAUUUGGCAUUGAAGAGGAUUGGCCAAGAUUUGUAGAUUUUCUAGACUUGCACCUAAAAAAUUAUUAGUACUUUUCAUCAAAGAUUCUAGAUUUUGAAUUAUCAGAUUUAGACACAUGAGCUGCUUUAUAUGAAAAACCAUGCAAGGAAUAAAUUUUUUCUUGGGUAUGACCCAUUUAUAAUAUGAGCAUUGAGGACAACAUCUUGACCAUCGUGUACUCCUUGAUUGCUACGACCUCGUCCUUUCCCUUAUGGUGCUAUCAUUACUAAUAUUUCAAUAACAUCAAUUGAAUUUUCAUCUUUUAAUAAUUAGGCACUUGAAGUCUAGUCACUAAGCUAUCAAUUGAAGGGAUUUGAUCACUAGCUAAACUUUGGUCAUGUACAUGAUUAAAACCCAAGUAUAGGCUUCUCAUAAUUAGCACCAUAUAUAGCUUAUCAUGUGUUUUUGUUGAUAGCCUCUAAAGAAUCAACUAGCAAAAAUCUCUUCAAUUCUUCUGUUGUAGCCUGAGCCUUUCUUAUAUGAGAGACAGUAUCGUGAUUGGUUUAUAUGAGAGAGGCUACUCUUUGAGUUGCAUUGAAGAGACAUUGAAUGUCAUAAGCAAAAAUGUCUUACACCCUUUUCUAAAAGGAAGAGCAUGACUUAUACGGUCUCAAAAUUUCUAAAGACAUUAUGUUCAACUAAUUGCCGUAAAACAAUAGAUAACUUGAAAUCUAGUUUCUGCCACUAAGAUUUGACUUCAUCUAAAUCAGUAGAGGCAUCCUUCUCUAAAUGAUCAUGGUAUCCUUGACCUUGGAACCAUAACUCCACAGGAGUGGACUAGGAUAUAUCUCGUGCAUGAGAUUAGAUUUUGAUGGGUGGUCCUUUAGUGUUGUGAUAGAUGGUGGAACAAUAGAUUCAAAAAACAACAAACUUCGUUAGGAUAGACUCUAAUCCAUAACUUUGAUUGAUACCAUGUUGAGAAUGAGACUUUAGACCUAACUCAACCUUACAAAAUCGACUUGUAAAGUGAGGUUUGUAAAGUCUUAUCUCUAGUCAAUGUCGGACUUUCAAUAUUAUCACUGGAAUAGAGGACAAGGAAAAAAACAAGUCCAAGAGGCUUUGACAAGAUGAACGACGAUGGUUUGGUGUGAUACCGACACUGGGAAGAUGGUGAGUGGGAGACACAUUUUUGAAGAUGGCCAACAAAAGACUGUGUGGAUGUGUGUUUGGCCGUUUCUUUGGCUUGGAGUUGAGUUGCACUUUCCUGGGUGCACCUAACCUUGACUUUGCUCGAAGAGAUAUGGUGACGAUGGCGAAUGACAACAGUAGAUGGCAAGGACAUAAGUCACAAUGGAAGAUGGCAGCAUAGAUGACAAUCAGACAAGGGAGAUGAUCAUGGCUCUUGAUACCAACUUGAAUAAAUGAAAUUAAGAAAAACAAUAUAUAUUUCUUUUACAUUGUUACACUUUUAUUGAUGUAUAGGAUACAAAGAAAGGGCAAUGCACUUCCUAAAACCCUAACCCUAAAGUUGGGUUUUCAUACAUGAAAAAUAAUAAAUAAGAAACAUUACAUUUCAACAGUAAUAUGUAGUCUCUAUUACCGAACUGUUAAGUAAGUAUAAAUGUGUGUGUGUGUGUGUGUCAAAAGUGAAGGCUGCAUUUAUAUAUGUAUUGGAGGUUUUGUAUUUCCUUGAAAUUUUCACGUCCUGUUUUUUCCCAUUUGAUUUAAAAAUUCUCAAUUCACAGGGACAAAAGCUCUUAAUAGGACCCAUUCUUCUGAAAGGAGAUCAGGUGUAGAUGGAAGUAUCACAUUUGUCACUGUCUUUACCAUUUAUAAUACUUCUCUCAAUGAUGUAGACGACAGAUCAAACACAGUGGUUGGCAAUGCUUCAUAUAAUAAGUUUGGCAGGUCCAUGGCUUUGUUGAAUGUCUUCAUUAAUUUCAUUCAGCUGGCAAUGCCCCAGAGCAAAGUGAUUAUUCUAACAGAUCCUGUGUCUGACCUCUCAGUGCAAAGAAACAGGGUCUCUCUGUAUCCUAUACAAGGUGAAUAUUCCCGAGACAAGUUGAUGCUCCAAAGGAUCAGGUCUUACAUUACCUUUUUAGAAACGAGGCUCCAGCAACUUUCUCAGAAGCCUACGGAUGUCAUCCAUUACAUCUUCACUGACUCUGAUAUAGCAGUGGUUGAUGAUUUAGGGCAAGUUUUUCGUGACCAUCCUAAUUUUCAUCUGGCUCUGACCUUUAGGAACAAUAAGGCUCAACCUUUGAAUUCGGGAUUCAUUGCAGUUAAGGGUACCCAGGAAGCAAUGUUAAGGGCAAAGCUUUUCCUACAAGAGGUCUUGAAAGUUUACAGCACGAAGUAUAGAAGUGCUUCUCGCAUGCUGGGUGAUCAGUUAGCUCUUGCUUGGGUUGUGAUGUCAAAACCUCAUUUUGAUGCCAGAAAGUUUUCCAAAGCGCUUGCUUUCUCAGAAGAUAUUGGGGGUACUUCAGUAUUGUUCUUACCUUGUUCUCUGUACAAUUGGACUCCGCCUGAGGGUGCUGGUCAAUUUCAUGGCUUGCCAUUGGAUGUUAAGGUUGUUCAUUUUAAAGGAUCAAGAAAACGUCUAAUGCUCGAAUCUUGGAAUUUUUAUUCCUCGUAUCGUGAUAUUUCCGACAUGUUAUGUCUCAUUUUGGGAAGUGGAAGAACCAAAUAUGAUUUUUGAAUAUAGAAAUCCAGAAAGGUUGACAUCAUAUGCGGCAACUUGUAACAUUAACGUCACCAAAUUUAGUGCUGAAAAUUCAGCUAUUACCCUCUUUGUGAUCGGCUAUCUGACAGCAACAAAGGACAUGAAUUGGUCCUUAAAUGAAUUGAUUUAUUGAUUCUUCUACUUGGGAAAGUUCUCAUGGGAAGGGGCACUUUUCUCUAUGAACAUAUCAAGAGCAUGUGGAGUGUGAUAUUAUUUCGAAAUGGUACAAUGGAAUGUUCAUUCUUGUGAAGUCUGAAAAGAUAUUUAAAAAGUCUGGAUUGCUUCCAAUGACAGCUGGUUGGAUUUGAUUGACCUAUAGUUAUAGUCCAGUUAACGAAGUUAAACAACCCAUUGACAUGGGUGGAAUGACAAUGAAUGACGCUUGUUUCCAUAAGCUUGUGAAAUUUCAAGUGUUAGGGCAAGUGAAAAAUUAGUAUAUUUUAGUGACAACAUAGUGUUAUAAUUAUUGUUUUUCAUUUCUUUUGACAGAUAAUCAAUCAACUUCCAUUAUACAUUCAUCUUGUUAUA